AUGGCUAAGAAUGAAGAAAUCAAAGUUCCUAAAGACUGGGAAGAACUUCAAACUUUUCCUACCAAAGAAAAGGAACUGUGGUUAAAAGCUACGAAAGAAGAAAUGGAAGCACUGAAGAGGAACAAAAACAUGGGAACUAGUCGAUCUUCCAAAAGGAAAGAAAUCUCAGAGAAAAUAGCCCUUUACGCUUCAGCAAUAUGGGCCAAUCCGAUGAGUGGUAGAAAAGUCAAACAGCUGGGAAUUAUACAACGACCUUACGCCUUACUCUUGUGUAAGGCCUACAGAACAACGGCCACUAGUGCAGCAGUGGUAUUAUCUGGUCUAAUGCCACAGCACAUACGCGCAGAAACUGAAGCUGCUUACGCUACUGUUAUCCAUUUAAAGAAGGAAGCUACUUUCUGCGGAAACACUUAUAGUCCAGUUCAGUAUGAGCAUCCAAAGAAUACCCUGGAGACGCACCCUGCGCACAAGGGAAGAAAUAUAAGGAUUCACGUCAGCAGAAGUGGCGAGCAAAUUACAAUACAGGAUCCACGGUACCCAAUGCAGUACUAUACAGAUGGAUCCAAGCUCGACGAGGGUACAGGUAGUGCCUUCGUCCUGCACCACCGAGGAUGCAAGGAAAUCGAGUGGAAGGGGCAUCUUCAACCAAUAAACAGUACAUUCCAGGCUGAAGUCAUAGCCAUUACCACUGCGAUUCAGCAUGCAAUUCACAGCGGGAUCACCGAUGCAAUGCUGUUUACAGAUAGCAUGUCAACGCUAUUCGCCCUAGUCAACCAUAACCACAACCUCCCCAUUGGUUUAGCGGACCUCCAGAAUAUUCUACAAUCACAUCCUCAACUAAUUGUAAAUUUAAUAUGGACUAAGGCACACGUUAACAACGAGGGUAACGAGACAGCUGACCAACUGGCAAAGGAGGCAGCAAGCAACAUAGCUGCACAGAUGGUAACUAUUCCAGCGCCACCCUCGUAUCUCAAGAGAAACUCUUAA